AUGACAACCGUCGGAACAUUGCCCUUCCAACAGCCAACGCACCCCUCACAACGGCCGCCGGUCGGCUUCCUGAUGAAUCUUAACAAUGAAACCAUAAACCCACAUUCUUCCAUACGGACUUCUCCCCCUAGCCCCGUGACUCCCACAACCUACGAACUUUAUCCAACGCCAAGCCAACAUUACUCGCGCCUUGCUCCCCACCACGACUUUGCCCUUACCUUGAAUCCCAACGGCCCCCACGCCUACAGCCUAUCACGAGGCGUCAGACCCCUCGCUUGCCGCGGCUCGUUGCUUGACAAACCCAACCAGUCCAGCCAACUGAAAAACUUCGAUACCACCAGCCAAGCCCACACCCAGCCCGCCUUAUCACGAGGCGUUAGACCCUCCGCCUGCCGCGGCCCAUUGCUGGACAAACCCAACCAGUCCAGCCACAAGUUCCAAUCAAUUGAAAAAGCUUUGACACCAUCAGCCAAGCCAUCAAGCCAGCUCGGCCCUAACAGCACACCCAAUCUCCUCACUCGCCUGAUACUUAUUCUAUGCUAA